AUGCCGCGACCAAGGAAUAAGGCUCCCAGUGAGCCACCAGCUCGGGAGGAGACACUAGAUGUCGAGAUGGACGGGGCCCAAGUGCUGAAGUUCAACGAGCCGCUCACAUGGCGCCCUGGGAAACCUAUAGUCGUCACCGAGCUAUUGCGCCGCCUGAAAGCACUGUCCGAAGAGCUGGCACCCAUGCAACAAGAAGACGCCGACAGAGAAACCCUCGUACCGAAAGCGCAAGAGCUCGCAAGCCCACAACUCCUGAGCCACAAGGACAAAGGCGUCAAGGCCUACGCUAUGCUCUGCAUCGUCGAGAUGUUCCGGCUGCUGGCCCCGAAUGCGCCGUACAAGAGCAGUCAGCUGAAGGAGAUCUUCGCGCUCUUCACUUCGACGAUUGUGCCUGCGCUCGCGAACCCGGGCGAUCCGUACAAUGAGCAGCACAAUGCGGUUCUGGCUUCGCUGACGACGGUGAAGAGUGUGGUGUUGGUCACGGAUAUUCCUGGCUCGGACCACAUACUGCUGAACCUGUUCACGAAUGCUUUCGACGUCCUGGCUGGAGGUGGGAAGAAUGGCAUGGGCGAGAAGCUGCCGAAGAAUCUGGAGUACCAUAUGACGAACAUGCUGUGUACGCUUGUGGACGAGUCAGAAGUUCUACCCACAGGAGUGGUGGAUGUUAUCCUGGCACAAUUCCUACGAGCAGAUCCGAGCGCGCUGUCGUCGGGCCAGAGGAAGGGCGAGGCGGUGGUCCCGGAACCGCCGCCUGCGUACAACAUGGCUCGCGCGGUAUGCAAUACUUGCUCUGAGAAGUUGGAGCGGCUUAUCGGACAGUACUUCAAUUCUGUUCUGGUGAAUCUUUCUGAGAUUGAGAGUGCGAAGGAUCGCAAGGGGAGAGGCAAGAAGAGAACGCACGACGAGUUCAGCGACGAUGAAUCCGACGACGGACUCCUGACUCCGCCGGCAGAGAGUGACAUGCACGAGGUCGAGAAAGCGCAUCGCCUGCUACGAGAGCUAUGGCGCUCAUGCCCAGACGUCAUUCAAAACAUUGUUCCUCAAAUCGAGAUCGAGAUCCAGACUGAGAGCGCAUGGAUUCGGACCAUGGCUGUACAGACUCUCGGCGACAUGAUCUCGGGCAUUGGCGCUGCUGGUCCCCCACCUGCUGCCACACUUGACCCUGCUGCGUACCCUUCACAGAGCCUGGAAGACGAUGCGCCGAGCCAACGGCAACAGAACCCACUACUCACUCCCAAUGCGCCACACGCCUUCUCGUCAGUCUACCCGAGCGCAUACCAGGCUUUCAUGGAUCGCUACAAAGACAAAGCUCCUACAGUCAGAAGUGCUUGGGCUACUGAGGCGGGCAGGAUUCUGCUCACCGCUGGGGGCGGCAAAGGCCUGGAUGAUACUCAGGAGAAGUCCAUACUGCUAUACUUCUCUAACACGCUCAUGGACUCAGACGAGAAGGUGCGACUGGCUGCUAUCAACACGCUAGCACAGUUCGACUUCGAUACCUUGGUUCAGAAGAUCGGCAGGUCUGGCAGCGUGGCGACUCCUGGCUCUGUGCUCGCUCAUCUUGCCGAUCGGAUCAAGGACCGCAAGCACACGGUGCGAUGCGCAGCGACCGAGCUACUGGCUCGGAUCUGGGGAGUUGCCGCUGGUGCUAUCGCUGAGGGUAACGAGAGGAUUCACAGCCUAGUCGGAGCGAUACCUUCCAAGAUAUUGGUUGCCUGGUACGUCAAUGACCAUGAGAUACAUGCGCUCAUCCAUCGGGUGAUGUACGACUACUUGCUGCCGGUCACGUACCCGCCAAUCAAGGCCAGACAACCGAGCACUGGCGACUCACAACGGGUCAACGACAGCCAGACCGGAUCGAGUGGCGCACUGGACCCAGAUGCUAUCCGUGCUGAGCGCAUCCUGGUAUUUGUGCGAGAUCUCGACGACCGAGCAAAGCGUGUCUUCUUUAGCCUGCUGAACAAGCGGUCAUACUACGAAGGCUAUGUAAACGCAUACCUCACGCUGUCCGAAGAGGCGUCAGCCAGCGGAGGGGAUGGUACCAAAGAGGCCAAAAAGAAGCUUGAUGUCGGUGUGGACAAGCUGGUCAGGUCUUUCGAUAUCAUCGCAGAUCCAACCACUGCUGCCGAGCAUCUGAAGAAGUUCGCGAAGCAUCAUGAUCGUCGGAGCUACCAGCUUAUCCGGUUCUGCUAUUCGGCAGAGAGCGACUACCGCAAGAUCUUCAAAGCGAUGAAGGAGCUGACCAAGAGGAUGGAGGAGGCGCCGACUGGAAUGGCAGUCGUCCUCGAUACACUGAUCGCGCUCGUGCGGUCUGCGGCCGUACUAGUGUACAACAAGAGCCAUGUUCCUGCGAUCGUGCGGAUCUCAAGGACAGAUGAGAAGGGCCUCGGAUCGGCUGCUCACGAGGUGCUGAAGGAGAUCUCGACGAGGGCGCCGGAUAUCUUCAAGGUUCAUGUCCAUGAGCUCUGCGAGACUCUCAAGAAACAGACUCCAUCAGAAGAUGUCGCCAUCGAUGAGCCAGUGGUCGAUACACUGAAGGCUUGCGCUGGCUUCGCGCGACGCUUCCCGGAGGGCAUGCCAAAAGAUCGCGAGUUCUACAAAGCCAUGGUGCAGUACAGCAUACGCGGCAUGCCUCCCAAGGCGGCGAAGCAUGCUGUGACUGUUAUCGUCUCCUCAGCCGACAAGAAGGAGAUGUACAUCAAAGACAUCCAGAAGGCCUGCAUCAAGGGGUUCAAAUAUGGCGAGGCAGGCUUCCUUUCGAAGCUUGCCAGCAUCAGCCAGCUUCGACUUCUCGCCAACCAGGAGAGUGAGGACCACACGGAAGCUAUCAUGGAGAUGGCCAUCGGUCAGGUCCUCGGCCAAGUGCGCGAAGCAGCAGAAGAAGGCGACCCUGCCUGGACUGAUGACAUUGACGACGACCUCGCCGCCAAGCUCUGGGCCCUUCGCAUCCUCGUCAAUGGCCUCCGCGGCUUUGACCCCUCUGUCUCAGAGGAUCCAACGAAAGCUCUGAAAGACGCCGCGACACCUGUCUAUAAGCUUCUCAAUACCCUCAUCCAAAACGACGGCGAGCUCUCGGAAUCUGCCUCCACUCCACCAAACCAGAAAGCCCACCUUCGCCUCGCCGCCGCCAUCCACCUCCUCAAGCUCUCCCGCUCCCGUACGCUUGACCCCUUGCUCUCCCAGCCGGACUUCAACCAGCUGUCCCGUAUCGCGCAGGACGAGUCACCGCACGUCCGAUCCGGCUUUGCUGCAGCGCUGAAGAAGUACCUCCAAGCCGGACAGCUAGGCCAUCGCUUCUACGGACUCGUGUUUCUGUACGCCUUCGAACCUGACAAGAGCGUGAAGGAGUCGACAGUCACCUGGCUCCGCAGCCGAGCAGCGAUGGCAGCGCGAGCGAGUCCAAAGGACACCGUGCUCGAAGCUGUGUUCCCGAGAUUCUUGGCCCUGCUGGCGCACCAUCAGGAUUUCAGCACUAGCGCCGAAGACUUGCAGGAUUUCGUGGAGUACGUUGUCUUCUACCUUCGCAAUGUGGCGACCCAGGCGAAUCUGCCGUUGGUGUACCACUAUGCGCAGCGGUUGAAGACGGUGGGGGAUGCCGUCGAUCCUGCAAAAAGCGAGAACUUGUAUGUGCUGAGCGAUAUCGCUGAGUCGGUCAUCAGGGUGUUCCAGGAUGUGCAGGGCUGGUCACUGCAGGUGAUGAGCGGGAGGGUUGGGUUACCGAGCGGUCUGUUCAGUAAAUUGCCUAGCCAUGCCGUGGCGCAAGAGAUUGCGGAGAAGAGGUAUAUUCCCGAUGAGCUGGCUGAGGGGCUGGAAGAUCUGGUGAAGGGGCUGUUGAGGAGUAAGAAGAGGAAGGCGGACGGGAUUGGCAACCAGGCGGCUAAGAAGCAGAAGUCUGGUGCUAAGGAUGUGAAGGAGAAGAAGCCUGCCGCUAAAAAGCAGACCAAAGCCAAAGCGGCGAAGACGCCGAAGCGGACGUUAGAGGACCCCAUACCGAGUUCAGAGAGGCGGAAGAGCACGAGGCACAGUGGAGCGAAGAAUUACGCGGAGGAGGAUGACAGUGAGGACGAUGAGGAGUUGGAGCAGUGGCAGGAGGCUGCUGAUCCCGAGGAAGAUGCCGAAGAAGGCGCAGAUGCGGAAGACGAUGUUAUGGAGGUCGAUGGAGAGGCGAACAAGGAGAACGUCAGCGAAUCGACGCCGCCGACUAGCGACCCACCUCCCGCGGCUCCAGAGAGUGAUGAGAGGACUGCGAAGGGGAGAGCGAAAAAAGGGAGGCAAGGUACCGAUGAGACGAUGAAGAGUUCUACGACGAAGGGCUCGACGCCACGGAAGGCUGCGCCGAAGAAGGCUGCGGCGAAAUCUAAGGCUGCGGCAAAGCCCGCGAGGUCUACGCGGGCGACAAGGGGCCGGGAGAGGGAUGUUAUGAGCAUCCCGAGUGACAGCGAGUGA